AUGGCCGGGGCGGUGCCGGUGCCGGUGGUGGCGGUGGUGGCGGUGGCCGCCGUCUGUCUGUGCUGCUGUGUCGGCGGGUCCUGGCGAGGGGGCGGCAGUGGGACGAGACCCCCCGUCGUGUUGGUUCCAGGAGACCUGGGGAACCAACUGGAGGCCAAGCUGAACAAGACGUCUGUGGUGCACUAUCUCUGCGCAAAGACGUCCGAGGAUUAUUUCACCCUAUGGCUGAAUCUGGAACAGCUGCUGCCUGUCAUCAUCGACUGCUGGAUUGACAACAUCAGGCUGAUCUACAACGCAACCACCAAGACAACGAAAAGCCCCCCGGGAGUCGACGUGAGAGCCCCCGGAUUUGGGAAAACCUAUUCGUUGGAAUUCCUGGAUCCCAGUAAACGGAGAGUGGGGAGCUAUUUCUUCACCCUGGUGGAAUCCAUGGUGACCUGGGGCUACACGCGGGAUGAAGAUGUCCGAGGAGCGCCGUAUGAUUGGCGCAAAGCUCCAAAUGAGAACAGGCAAUUCUUCAAGGAUCUGCAGGCUCUGAUCGAGUCCAUGUACGGGCAGUACGGUGGCCCGGUUGUCCUGAUAGCUCACAGCAUGGGAAACCUCUACACCCUCUACUUCCUGAACCAGCAGACCCAAGCCUGGAAGGACAAGUACAUCAAAACGUUCGUGGCGCUGGGCGCUCCCUGGGGCGGGGUGUCCAAGACCCUGCGAGUGCUGGCUUCAGGAGACAACGACCGGAUUCCUGUUAUUAACACACUGAAGAUCCGAACUCAACAGAGAACAGCCGUCUCCACCAACUGGCUGCUCCCUUACAACAACACCUGGCCUCUCAAUAAGAUCUUUGUCUCCACGCCCACCUACAACUACACCAUGAAUGACUACGAGCGGUUCUACAAAGACAUCAGCUUUGACGUCGGCUGGAAGAUGCGGCAAGACACCGAAGGCCUCGUGUACAACCUGACCCCGCCCGGGGUGUCCAUUCACUGCCUGUACGGAACAGGCGUGCAAACAGCCGAGUCUUUCCAUUACGACGUCUUCCCCGACAAGGAGCCCACGGUCUUCUAUGGCCCCGGCGAUGGUACGGUCAACUUAGCAAGCGCCUUGAAUUGCAGGCGAUGGCUGCACAGGCAGAAAGAGGCCGUGUUCCUCAUGGAGCCCGGGAACGAACACCUGGACAUGCUCUCCAACCUCAGCACCAUAACCCACAUCAAGAGGGUCCUCUUUGACCUGCCGCCGCUGUGAGAUUACACUCACUGCCUUCGAUCCAGAGACGCUGACACCUGAGCGUCUCUCUGUUAAUUGCGGAAGAGUCGGGAUGGAAAUCUUAGUGCCUGGGCGCUGUGUAGCCAGUCUGGAUUAUUGUUUAUUUUGACUGCGAGUUGUAAGGCAGGUUGCUUCCCCUCUCUCUGGUCACCCCCUAGCCCCUGCUUUGUGCAACCCUUUCUCCCGUGCCUACUUAAGAGUCUUAUUGAAGGUCAAGGGGUGAGAUGUGUCCUCCUCUCUGUUGCAACGCACAUUUAGUAUCUGCCACAGAAUAACUGGGAAAAACUGUUGAGUAAAGUCAAUUGAAGCUGGAGCUCUCUUCUUCGAUCUGACAACUUGCAGGGAGGGGGAGAGCAUGAUCUCUUCGUUUCCCAGGGGAGGGCGGGUUUGGGACAGGACCAUGUCACGGUCAAUCGCGUGAUAAGGCGAUACAAUGGAAAUACAGUGGAAACCGCUUAAACCGGACACAUCAGGACCGAGCGUCUAGUCCAAAUUAACAGGUGACAAUAUAAAUGAAUUGGGGUCGGCUGGGCAUUUUGUCCGGUGUACCUGGCGUCUGAGGUUAACUGGUGUCCAGUUUAUGUGGCUUCCAUUGUAUUCUGUUAUACCGGAGAAAGUAAGAUUAAACAGUUGGUGAAUAAUUCUUCACUAAAGAGGUCUUAGCAUACAGAAUAAUACUUACUGCACCUCCCUGUGGGUGAAAUACCAAGAGUCCAUCCAAUACCUCCCACACGAUUCACAGCACAAGGCUGGGCUGCUAAAGAUGGGGUUAAGGACUAUUGUGAAGGUAAACCCUACACCGUGUAUUGGGCCUGUGAUAUUCCAGAUGUGGAAUGCGCUAUGCUGCCUUCCCAAUGGUUAAUGAGGUCCAAAACAUCGUAAAAAAAACUCGCCCUUUGACCUUUUACUUCCUGUGAGCGAUUAGUAGCAUUUAAUUUUCAGUUUUUCUCGCUGGCAAUAUUGGGGCCGUCUAGGAUCGUGCAAUAAUGAUAAAUAUUUUAUCCCCAAUUUAUUGCUUUACACUUUAGCCGUUGUUUCUGUGCCUUCCUCACUGUAUUGAGAUAGUUUUCCACCGUUGGCUUUUGGUCUGCCUCAGGUUUGCUAUGUGGACUGUAUGUGGUGUGUGUGUGUGUGUGAGGGGGGUGG